UUUAAAAAAACUUUUGAAAUUAAAGGUAGUGUUGAGCUCUCUAGUAAUUCGAAUUUGGAUCUGCUUCCACUCCCAACGGUUACUUACCCUAAUCUUUUUUUGUUCUUCAAAUUCUCUCUCAAACUUGAAAAGAAGUCUCUCUUUCGAUCUCCAGGAUUCGGCUCUGUUUCCUGUAAGUGAAUCUUAUUUAGAAUUCGAAUCUCUGGGAUUCUGAUCCAACCUUUCUCAAUUGAUUAGGGAAUUUGAAUUUGAUUUCACAGAAAUCGAAGAUGUCGUUUACGCCAGAGGUGGUAUCAAGGAAAAGUGGAGUAGGAGUGAUUCCAUCACCUGCACCGUUUCUAACUCCUCGUCUCGAGAGAAGACGACCUGAUUCUUUCUCUAACCGUCUCGAUAGAGAUAAUAAAGAAGUCAAUGUUCAAGUGAUUCUACGAUGCAAACCAUUAAGUGAAGAAGAGCAGAAAUCUAGUGUUCCUAGAGUCAUCUCUUGUAAUGAAAUGAGAAGAGAAGUCAAUGUUCUUCAUACUAUUGCUAAUAAGCAAGUAGACCGUCUUUUCAAUUUCGACAAGGUUUUUGGUCCUAAGUCACAACAACGGUCUAUAUAUGAUCAAGCUAUUGCACCUAUUGUUCAUGAAGUCUUGGAAGGUUUUAGCUGUACUGUGUUUGCUUAUGGACAAACAGGAACUGGGAAGACUUACACUAUGGAAGGUGGAAUGAGGAAAAAGGGAGGGGAUUUACCUGCGGAGGCUGGGGUGAUUCCCAGAGCUGUUAGACAUAUUUUCGAUACUCUUGAGGCGCAAAAUGCUGAUUACAGUAUGAAAGUAACAUUCUUGGAGCUUUACAAUGAGGAAGUUACGGAUUUGUUAGCUCAAGAUGAUUCCUCAAGAUCUUCUGAGGAUAAGCAGAGGAAGCCCAUUUCUUUGAUGGAGGAUGGGAAGGGUUCUGUGGUUUUAAGAGGUCUUGAAGAAGAAGUUGUGUACAGUGCUAAUGAUAUAUAUGCUCUUCUUGAACGAGGUUCAUCUAAAAGGCGUACAGCUGAUACUUUGUUGAAUAAGAGAAGUAGUCGAUCUCAUUCAGUGUUUACUAUCACUGUCCAUAUAAAGGAAGAGUCUAUGGGAGAUGAAGAGUUAAUCAAAUGUGGGAAGCUUAACCUUGUGGAUCUAGCAGGAUCUGAGAAUAUCUUACGGUCAGGAGCUCGAGAUGGCCGUGCACGAGAAGCAGGAGAGAUUAACAAGAGUUUGCUUACACUAGGCCGUGUGAUUAAUGCCCUUGUGGAACAUUCUUCUCAUGUACCUUACAGGGAUAGUAAGCUGACAAGGCUUUUACGGGACUCUCUAGGAGGAAAGACAAAAACUUGUAUCAUUGCUACAAUCUCUCCAUCUGCUCAUUCCCUAGAGGAAACUUUAAGUACUUUGGAUUAUGCCUAUCGUGCCAAGAACAUCAAGAACAAACCUGAGGCAAACCAGAAGUUAUCCAAGGCUGUGUUGCUUAAAGAUCUUUACUUGGAGCUUGAGAGAAUGAAAGAAGAUGUAAGAGCAGCAAGGGAUAAGAAUGGUGUUUACAUUGCACAUGAAAGAUAUACACAAGAAGAAGUUGAAAAGAAGGCGAGAAUUGAGAGGAUAGAACAGUUGGAGAAUGAACUAAAUCUCAGUGAAAGUGAGGUUUCCAAGUUCUGUGACCUUUAUGAGACUGAGAAAGAGAAGUUACUGGACGUUGAAAGUGACCUUAAGGACUGCAAGAGAAACCUGCACAAUAGUAACAAGGACUUGCUAGAUCUCAAAGAGAAUUAUAUCCAAGUUGUUUCAAAGUUAAAGGAAAAGGAAGUCAUCGUCUCCAGAAUGAAAGCUUCAGAGACUUCUUUGAUCGACCGUGCAAAGGGGUUACGUUGUGAUCUGCAGCAUGCGUCAAACGAUAUAAAUUCGUUGUUCACAAGAUUGGACCAAAAAGACAAGCUGGAAUCCGAUAACCAGAGCAUGCUUCUGAAAUUUGGAUCACAACUUGAUCAAAACCUUAAAGAUUUGCACAGAACAGUUCUUGGAUCAGUCUCUCAGCAACAGCAACAAUUAAGAACUAUGGAAGAACAUACCCACUCAUUUCUUGCUCACAAAUAUGAUGCAACACGCGAUCUGGAAUCAAGAAUUGGGAAAACAUCAGACACUUAUACUUCAGGAAUAGCAGCCUUGAAGGAGUUAUCUGAAAUGCUACAAAAGAAAGCCUCCUCUGAUCUGGAGAAGAAGAACACUUCUAUAGUAUCACAAAUAGAGGCUGUUGAGAAAUUUCUCACUACAUCAGCAACAGAGGCUUCUGCAGUCGCUCAGGACAUCCACAAUUUACUUAAUGAUCAGAAGAAGCUCUUAGCACUUGCUGCAAGACAACAAGAGCAGGGCUUGGUCAGAAGCAUGAGAUCUGCACAAGAAAUUUCCAAUUCAACUUCAACCAUUUUCAGUAACAUCUACAACCAAGCCCAUGACGUGGUGGAAGCCAUUAGAGCAAGCCAAGCAGAGAAAUCAAGACAGCUUGAUGCUUUUGAAAUGAAGUUUAAGGAAGAGGCUGAAAGAGAGGAGAAACAAGCCUUAAAUGAUAUCAGUCUGAUAUUAUCAAAGUUAACUUCAAAGAAAACUGCAAUGAUUUCUGAUGCAUCAAGCAAUAUCCGGGAACAUGACAUACAGGAAGAGAAGAGAUUGUAUGAACAAAUGUCUGGUAUGCAGCAAGUCUCGAUUGGUGCAAAGGAAGAAUUGUGUGACUAUCUAAAGAAAGAGAAAACUCACUUCACGGAAAACACAAUAGCUUCAGCUGAGUCUAUCACAGUCAUGGAUAGUUACCUUGAAGAUUGCUUGGGAAGGGCCAAUGAUUCUAAAACAUUGUGGGAGACCACUGAAACAGGCAUAAAGAACCUUAACACGAAGUAUCAACAAGAACUUAAUGUCACAAUGGAGGACAUGGCAAAAGAAAAUGAGAAGGUGCAAGAUGAAUUUACAUCCACAUUUUCCUCAAUGGAUGCUAACUUUGUCUCUAGGACAAAUGAACUUCACGCAGCUGUUAAUGACUCAUUGAUGCAAGACCGUGAGAACAAAGAAACAACAGAGGCUAUAGUAGAGACUUGCAUGAACCAGGUCACAUUAUUGCAGGAGAAUCAUGGACAAGCUGUUUCAAACAUUAGAAACAAAGCAGAACAGUCUCUCAUAAAAGACUAUCAGGUUGAUCAGCACAAGAACGAAACACCAAAGAAACAAUCCAUAAAUGUGCCAAGCCUGGAUUCGAUUGAGGAGAUGAGGACUUUGUUUUCGCAGAAUACUCUCAGCGAAGAACACACAAGUUUGGAGAAAAUAUCAACAAAACAAGGACUUGGCGAAGCUAACAACAGAACUCCAUUCUUGGAAGUAAACAAAUGAGUAAAAAAGAAAGCUUAUGUUCAUCAGCUGGAUGAGUGUAGAAGAUUAAGACUGUGUAAAGGUUGUUAUGUAGUAGUACGCAAGCUUAUGUUGUCAUGGAUAAAUCUGGUUAUAUUUUGACAUUAAACCGGUAUGCAGAUUGCUGAAAUUUUAGAUUUUAUGGAUGACGUUUCCGGUUAAA